GAGAACCGCGGAUUUGCCGCGGCUGCGGAGGCAAACCAGAAAGUUAAAAAGAGAUGGGAUGUUGGAGAAUGAGAUGGGAUAUAUAAAGGAGAGAGCAACUCCUGAGCGAGCAGCUAGAGAAGAAGGAGAUACAGGUUUUUGUUUGCCACAGUUAGCAGUAUCUACAAUCGUCUAGGAAAAUGAGUGGAAAUCCAAUUGCUGAGGACCCCGAGAUCGAGGCUACCAAAAUGUACAUUAGCUACAAUAAUGUGCACGAGUUGUGCCAGAAGAGCUCUGUGUUGAUCAAGAAGUUCAAGCCGGAUUUGAUGAUUGCCAUCGGUGGAGGAGGAUUCAUUCCUGCGAGAAUCCUCAGGUCGUUUUUGAAAGAGCCUGGCAAGCCCAACGUGCGAAUCAUGGCCAUCAUUCUCUCGCUCUAUGAAGACUUGGACAGCGUUAGUACCACCGCUGAGACUACGGGAUUAAAAGUGAUUAGGAACCAGUGGAUCGACUACAACAACGACAGCAGCUCCAAGGUCGCAGACAACAACUUCUCGUUGGUGGGAAAGAGAAUCUUGAUUGUGGACGAGGUGGACGAUACCAGAACCACGUUGCACUACGCGUUGAACGAGUUGAUGAAGGACGCGCAGAAGCAGUGCAAGGAAAGAGGCAUAAGCUACGAGAGCAGCAACACAGAGUUUGGCAUCUUUGUGUUGCACGACAAGAUCAAGCCCAAGAAGGUGCAGCUUCCAGAGAGGUUGAUGAGCAGUGGUAACUACAUCUGCGCCAAAAGGGUGCCUGACGUGUGGAUUGCGUAUCCCUGGGAGUCCACCGACAUUGCUUCCCACACCGAAAGAGCCAUCGAGCAAGGCAACGACAUAUAGGUGUUUCACUAGACUCCAGCAUCAUCCAGCAGCAGUGCUUUUUUUGUUUCUUUUGCUUCCUUUGCUUCCUCUUCUCUAGCUCCAAGACACCACGGUCACCUGACAGCCCAGCAGAGUUGCUACCCAGCGUCGUGCCGGUUGCACAAACUAGCACGCGCGUGCGACUUGUGUAGUGCACGUGUGCACCCUAUCAGUAUGCAUGCGUCUCGCUGCAACAGGGCUGAGUCAGCGCUGCGU